CAGUAUCCUUAUAUCCAGGUUUAUCUGUAGAUAAAACGUCCAGAGGGCUGGUCAACGUCAGACCAAGUCCGAGUACGGGUCUUUUUUUUACCCCGCCACCGGGUCAACAACACCAACAAUCUUCAUGCAUCGUCUUCUUCAACGCACGUCUGUCUGCCAUAAUCCACGAUUGCUGUCCGAUUGUUUUUCGAAAACUCAAGUCAUCCCCAUCAUCCGCACAUUCGCAAUGGCCACCAAUCCCCCCGCGUCUUCAGCAGCGCAAACCCCACCUGAAGGGUACAAACCGAGAUACGUAGAUGUAAUUAGUACCCUCUCCAUUGCUCCCCUCAAUCCAAGAUUCGGGCAAUUUGCUUUGCAGACGAGAAUGAAACUAACCUCACGAAACCACAGUAGAUAGGAAUCAACCUCACCGAUUCUGUAUACACAGGUCUUUACCAUGGAACCCAACGACAUCCCUCAGAUCUCUCCGCAGUAAUCAGUCGCGCGCAAUCAAUAGGAUGCACGAAACUUCUCGUUACCGGUUCUGAUAUAUCAGAAAGCGGAAAGGCUAUCGAUCUGGCAAAAGAAUAUCGUUCGUGCUUCUCUCCCAUCUUCCCAAUCUACAGCCCCAAAACCAACAUGGACUAACGAAUUACACAAUCAAACAGCAGGAACAAUCUACACAACUCUAGGAAUCCAUCCAUGUUCCAGUUCCUCCUUCACAUCUGAAGAAUCCGCCUCGAAAAUCAUCACAGAACUACGAACUCUCUACGAAUCCGCCCCCGCAAACACAGUCGUCGCAUUCGGCGAGCUAGGUCUCGACUACGACCGCCUCCCCCUCUGCGACGCACUCGCCCAACGACUCUCCUUCUCUACCCAACUCUCCCUCGCAAGCACCCUCAACCUCCCCCUCUUCCUCCACUCCCGCGCAGCACACGAAGACUUCCUGCGCAUCCUCUCCGAACACACCUCCUCGCUGCCCAAACGCGGGGUCGUCCACUCCUUCACAGGCACCUUAUUCGAAAUGCGCGAACUCGUCUCUCUGGGCUGGUCAAUAGGCAUCAACGGGUGUUCUCUAAAGACGGAAGAGAAUCUCCAAGUCGUCAAGGAGAUACCGCUCGAUAAGUUGAUGUUGGAGACUGAUGGGCCGUGGUGCGAGUGUCGGGCUUCUCAUGCGUCGGCGGGGUAUUUGAAGGUGGCUAAGGGGUGGGAAGAUCCUUGGGCGAAGGAAUGGGUUAAGAAGGAGAAAUGGGCUGAGGGGAAACUGGUUAAGGGUCGGAAUGAGAGUGCGUGUAUUGGGAAGGUUGGGUGGUUGGUUGCGGGGGUUAGGGGGGAGAGUUUGGAAAGGGUUUGUGAGGCUGCUUGGGAGAAUAGUGUGAAGAUGUUUGGGCUUGGAGUGGAGGAGGGAGAGAAUGGAAAGGUUGGGGAGUGAGGACUACGGCAGUAAGUGGAAUGAGUGAAGAGUAAGAUUUGGCAAGGGGGAGAGGAUCGGUUCGAGUUAGAACUUGGAGUGAUGCUAGAGCGGGAGAGAAUACGAGACCGAGGAGUAAAACGAGGUAGAAACUAGAGGUACAUUGGUGAGAAGGCAGUGUAGAAUUCAUGCUAGAUCAGACCACAUACAAACGGAGCGCGCCAAUAAUGAAUACCACGAGAUUCUUAACAUCAUGUCAGGUAAUAAUCAGCCCAAGAAAGGUUAUCUUUCUAUCCUGAAUAACCCCCCAAAUUAUCUUGCAGCAAGACUACUUCAUCACGAUUCACAAGUAACCCGACCCCUCACGAGCAGACUCAGCAGAGUACGAGUCACUCAUCACGCGACUCGUGUACAACCCACCACAUCACCAGUACCCCAACCAUUCCACCCGUCUUUCAAAUCUCAUCCAUGACUUCGAAACUUGCCCAGGUGGAUCUUGCAUUCCCACAUAAGAAACGCAAAACAAAAGUUCCCAGUCCUCGCUAAUGGACUCUCACCAGUGUUCUAUGUUCGCGUAUCUACUAGCUUACUCGUAUUCCCUAUACAAUAUCCGCUACCUACUCAUCGGGUAUAGAAUCAGGAACGAGGAUAGCGGUGUAAAACAUACAGUGCAGCACAAAUAUCAAGAUUCUUAUUGACUCAAGCGAAAGCGGGAACGAAACAGACUCGGAUAUUUGGAAUGGAUUGAAUGGCUAGGCUGCAUGAUAGAAUAGAAGAGAAUUUUAGACUCUGGUCUGGAUUUCUAAUCAGGAAUUGAUGGAUGUUGUUAAUUAGAUCAGUCCAGAAAGAUCUUUCCCGCCUUUCUGUGUAAAGUCCGAUACUGUAUGCAUAAUGUACAUCGUAAUCAAGACUUAAGGAUUGAUGAUUGAUAAUUAGAAAUUGGAAAAGGAGAGAGAAAGAGAAAGAAAGAUAAGAGCGGAAAUAAGGACCUGUGCGUGAGUGAAUAAGCUAGCUAGCUAGCUACUGUACAGUACAGUACAGUAUUACAGUACCGUAUGUCGGUAAGCUGUUGUUGUGGUACCAUGGUAAGACAUCAAGGGGCCAAGGGCGUUUAUAAAAGUACGCGAGUUCGGUAAGCAGUUGAUAUGAUAUGCUAUGAUAUGCCGGCUGUUGUUAACCGAGGGUGUCUCCCACCGUAAUGGGUUGAUGGGCUGUACAGUAAGCGAGUCUGGGGAAAAAAAGUCCGGUGUAGGAAGCACCAAGUUGGGUCGGCUCCGCGGCUCAUGGUUCGUGGUUCGUCAAUCAAGUAUAAGCGAGUCUGGGGAAAAGAAAGUCUGGGGUAGGAAAGGGAAGGUGAUACUUAUCAAGCCGAGCAAGCCAAGUGUAACUUACGCGAGUCUGGGGAAAAGAACGCCAAUCAUGCUGUACCAACCCGACCGGAUACAAGCGAGUCUGGGGAAAAAGUCCGGGGUAGGAAGGUGAAUCCCAAGACUCCACUGCACUCCAAUGAAUGACAACGCAUCAAAGCCGCAACAAAGAUUCGGAAAACUCGUAUUUGAAGGUUCAGAAGAAAAGGGGGGUAUCUAUUUAGACCAUUUACCCGUACCAAACUCCCAGAAAAAAAACAUAUGGUCUUCCUCCCAACAUUUUCAAUGAACUGGAGAAUCAAUUCGCUCGACCAGAAGAUUACAAAACAAGUUCGGAAAUGCAGAUGUUCCCGCAAGCGAGAAUCACAAUCCACUCCCCUUGAACCCGAUAAUCCUCCCAUUCCUCACUCGUCCCAUCGAUACACCCUCUUCGCCUGUCAUCCACCCUGGCAUCCUCUCCCCAUCAAUAACGCCCAACUCAACCAAUUUCCUAAUCCCCGCAAAUACAUGAUCCCCUUGGAAUUCAAAGUCGAUUUGCGGUCGGAACUCGUCUGCCGGUCCUUCAUCGUCCUCCUCUUCUUGGUUCUCCAAUUCUAAUUCGGUGCCACUUUUACGUCCCCUUUUCUUGAGUAGUCCCGGAUCGUGGUCUGAUUCUUCCGCGAUUGGACAUUCAUGGUUGUCAAGGUUGUGGGUAGGGAAAGGAUCGAGGAUUCGGAUGGCGAGUUUUUCGAUGCCUUUUUCGUCGUGCUUUUGAGCUGUUGUGCCGAAGCGGACCUUUCCUAAGGAUUUUCGACGUUUGACUAUUCGGGGAUCUUCUUCAAUGGCGCGUUUUAGACCAUGUGGCUGUUCUUUUUCGGUAUUUUCUUCUUCUUUAUCGGAUGAGCUUGAGGGGUCGGGGGUUGGAAGUUGUAAUCCUAGAGGGUUGUCGGAUGCAUCCUUCUGUUCCGAGGCGUAAAUAGACCAUCCUCCUCC